GGAGAGGGAGAGGGGAAGAGGACCAGGGUUGGGAUUCAAAGAGGGAUGGGUAGGGGAAGGGUACUGGACUAGGGGCGAAAUAUUGUUGCGAUGUAUGAUAAAGAUUGUUGAAGGGUUUUUUAAGGAGAAAGGGCAUGUAGGGUUUUUAAAGUGUAAAGUGGAUGCAGGUUUUUCCACUUCGGUUUCUACUGGUUUGGGUAUGUAUUGUUGUGACUGGAACAAGGCUUUUGUUGGUGCAAAAGAUUGAGAGGGUUCCUUUUUGUCUUGUUAUAGCAGAAUGGGAAACCUACAGUCUUUUGAAAGCUCUCCAAUGGGUUCUGAAUUGGAUUUCCAUGAUGUCCUCUUUGAUGUGGAUUACAAGUUAGUAGCUGACAGCAACAACCCUAAGCGUGAUAUAUCAUCCUUUGGUCUUAUUAUUAAGAAGUGUAUUAAUCUUAUUUCCUUUUUUCUAAACUUUAGAGUAAGUUUUAUUGGGAGACAAGCAAAUAGUGUUGUUCAUAAGAUUGCUAAGGAAGCUUUGUCUAUAGCUAAGUCACCAAUUUUUUUAUCUGAGUUCUGUUUUUAUUGUUGAUGAAUUAUUGAAUAAAAUGCCUUGAACUUCUAUUAAAAUAUAUAUUAGAAAGUGGAUAAACACAGGGAAAAUACCAUGUUUUGAAGAUGGAGGUCAUUAUCUAAGCCCUUCUUAGAUAAUCUUAUGCAGUGGAUAAACACAGGGCAAAUACCAUGUUUUGAAGAUGGAGGUCACCACCGUCCCAAUAGGCAUGCUGAAAUUUCAAGGCUUAUAUUUCGCAAGUUAGAGCAACAUACAAGUCGAAAGGAUAUAUCUCCACAGGAAGUUCUAGUUAUUCGAAAGAUUCAUCCAUGUUUGCCAUCAUUCAAGGCAGAAUUCACUGCAUCUGUUCCUCUAACUUGAAUCAGAGAUAUUGCUCACCGAAAUGACAUCCCACAUGACCUCAAGACACAAAUUAAACAUACAAUACAAAACAAGCUUCACCGUUACGCUGGUCCUGAAGACUUGGUUGCUACAGAAGCCAUGCUUGCUAAAAUCACAAAGAACCCUGGAGAAUAUAGUGAAACAUUUGUGGAGCAGUUCAAGAUAUUUCAUCGAGAACUCAAAGACUUCUUUAAUGCUGGCAGUCUUGCUGAACAGCUAGAAUCAAUAUAUGAAUCUAUGGAUGAAUAUGGCAUGUCAGCACUUAAUUCAUUUUUCGAGUGCAAAAAGAAUAUGGAUGGUGCAGUAGAAUCAACAGCUUCAAAAGAACAAGGAAUUAACCCUUUAUUUAAAACCAUGGAGUCUUUGAAUGCUUUGAGAGAUAUUAUUGUAAAGGGUCUUGAAAGUGGCCUCAGGAAUGAUGCUCCAGAUUCUGCAAUAGCUAUGCGCCAAAAGUGGCGCCUCUGUGAGAUUGGGCUUGAGGACUACUCAUUUGUUCUUUUGAGCAGAUUUCUCAACGUGCUUGAAGUUAUGGGAGGUGCUAGCUGGCUAGCUGCAAAUUUGGAGUCAAAGAAUGUAAACUCUUGGAAUGAUCCACUUGGAGCCCUUAUUAUUGGAGUCCACCAGAUGAAAUUAUCUAACUGGAAACCAGAAGAAUGUGGUGCUAUUGAAAAUGAGCUUAUUGCAUGGAGUGCAAGAGGCCUUUCAGAAAGCGAAGGAAAUGAAGAUGGCAAGAAGAUUUGGACAUUGAGGCUGAAAGCUACUCUUGAUAGAUCAAAGAGUCUUACUGAGGAAUAUACCGAAGAACUUCUUAAGAUAUUUCCUCAAAAAGUGGAGAUGCUAGGAAAAGCUCUAGGAAUCCCUGAAAACAGUGUCAAAACAUAUACAGAAGCGGAGAUUCGUGCUGGUGUAAUUUUUCAGGUUUCAAAACUAUGUACUCUUCUUCUAAAAGCUGUGAGAAGUACGCUUGGUUCUCAAGGUUGGGAUGUCAUAGUUCCAGGAGCUGUUUUAGGAACAUUGGUUCAUGUUGAAAGAAUUGUUCCUGGGUUGUUACCGUCUCCAGUGGAAGGUCCUAUUAUCCUCAUUGUUAACAAAGCUGAUGGUGAUGAAGAGGUAACAGCUGCUGGGAGGAACAUAGUGGGAGCUAUACUUAAGCAAGAGUUGCCUCACUUAUCUCAUCUAGGUGUUAGGGCCCGACAGGAAAAGGUCGUCUUUGUCACUUGUGAAGAUGAAAAAAUUGCUGAUAUUCAAAGGCUUAUUGGGUCAUGUGUAAGGUUGGAAGCAUCCGCCGCUGGUGUUAAUCUGACAUUGUCCUCUUCAGUUGACCUUGAUGGCAAUUCUUCUGUUGAAAGUGCUGUUGAUGAUAAUAUCUCUGGGGUUGAUGUUCCUGCUUUCUCUGCUGGUAGAAUCUCCAAAUAUAGUCAGGGUGCUUCUUCUACUGAAGUUAUCUUGCUUCCUGAUGCUGAGACACAGACUUCCGGUGCAAAGGCGGCUGCAUGUGGUCACUUGUCAUCAUUGUCUUCAGUUUCUGGUAAAGUUUACAGCGAUCAUGGGGUGCCUGCAUCCUUUCAGGUUCCUUCUGGGGCAGUUUUACCAUUUGGAUCCAUGGAAUUGGAGCUAGAGAAGAGCAACUCCACUGAAAUAUUCAAGUCUUUACUGGACAAGAUAGAAACAACAAAACUGGAGGGUGGUGAACUUGAUGGUCUAUGCCACCAACUCCAGGAAUUGAUUUCUUCCCUGAAGCUAUCAAAAGACAUCAUUGAAAACAUUGGAAGAAUGUUUCCAAGCAAUGCACGAUUGAUUGUUCGAUCCAGCGCCAAUGUGGAGGACUUGGCUGGAAUGUCAGCAGCUGGACUUUACGAAUCAAUACCCAAUGUGAGUCCUUCCAAUCCAACAGUCUUUGCAGAUGCCAUUGGCCAAGUAUGGGCUUCACUGUACACGCGAAGGGCAGUAUUGAGCCGCCGAGCUGCUGGCCUGCCUCAGAAGGAAGCUUCAAUGGCAAUUCUGAUCCAAGAAAUGCUUUCACCAGAUCUAUCAUUUGUACUGCAUACUAUGAGCCCAACAGACCAGGAUAACAAUUCUGUGGAGGCUGAGAUUGCUUCUGGCCUUGGUGAAACUCUAGCUUCAGGAACCCGGGGUACACCAUGGUGUAUAUCAUGCGGGAAAUUUGAUGGGCUUGUUCAAACACUGGCUUUUGCAAACUUCAGCGAGGAGUUGCUUGUUCGUGGUGCAGGGCCUGCGGAUGGGGAGGUCAUUCAUUUGACGGUGGAUUACAGCAAGAAACCACCGACAGUUGACCCAGUUUUCCGUCGACAACUUGGUCAACGCCUUUGUGCAGUUGGGUUUUUCCUCGAGAGAAAGUUCGGAUGCCCACAGGAUGCGGAAGGAUGUCUUGUUGGAAAAGACAUUUAUAUUGUUCAGACAAGGCCCCAACCCCAGUAGAAAUAUGAAUGGAUAUUGAUGACGUAUGAACUUAGUUGCAGGAAAUUUCUAAGAAUGUAUGUGGCGGAAAAUGGAAAUGGAACGAAAUCAUAUAAAAAAAGCAAGACGAACACAAUUUUGAAUAUGCCUUUUGUUGUGACUUCUUACAGUUGAGAUAAGCUGUCAGUGACGCCAUGUAUACUAUUGUACCUUGCUGUUUACAAAUAAAUCCUUAAGGAUCAAACACAAAAUUGUAAUACAAGUGUUAGAGGUAUAACAAAUGUUAGUUGCUCAUGCAGUGCAACAAAGGGAAGGCAGUUAUUGUUGGUGUUUGAAAAGACUUUAAACAUUUAACACAAAUAUUGCUCAUCUUCCACUAUAAUAUCGAGAACAUUUAUUUUUCAA